GCUUAGGGGGCUUUGUCGAUCGCAAAGAGGAAGCGCGACACGAAGGCGGCGGGAGGGCGUCAGGACGCGGCAGAGCGAAAGGCAGAAUGGCAGCCGUGUCGCAGAAAGGCAAACUGUGGCCGUUGGAAGCGUUUCACUGGCCUAUGAGCGCGCACGAAUGUUAAACCUUGAGGCUUGAAGUUGCCAAACCGUUGUCGCGGGUUCGACACCGUUGCCGACGCCUUUGUCAGGCCUCGUGUUGCACGCGAACAACCCCAAAGCUUCGAGAAAAGGGCGGGCGUUGGACUGCAUUUUAUGGCGCUUGAGGCACUUGAGGCCCCGCCAUUCUCGCCGACAAGGCGCGUACGCGGCAGCAGCGUGCGUGUACGAGUCGCCGCCUUUGGAAUUACAGUGAUAAGCCAUCAACACGGCUCAUGCGCAGUGGCUACCUACCGGUACCGGUACCGUGCGGCGGCGAGAAGCCGUAGAAGGGACGGCCAAAGAGCUAUACCGGUAAAAGGCGAGACGUAUCGAAGGUAUAUACACUAGCACGAUAUGGUGAAGACGCCUCUGAGCGUCAACCUUCAAGCAAGCGCGAUAUCUUCUCGACCUGUCGUCUCCGGUGCAAGCGUCGAUCACAAGUGUCGGACCAUCACUCUCCCAUAGCCUUGCCAGGCCGAUGCCACGUCACUGACCCGCUCCUGCACCAGCGACUUCAUGCACUGAGCACGCGUCGUUAGAGAGUCUGCAUUGAUGUAGCAGCAGCGCAUGGGGUCGGUGGUCGCGCGCUGGCGGGUACGUGGCAGGCGUGCGGCAUCGAGGCAUGGCGAUAUGUGAUUGGCUGAAAAGCUGUGCCGGCGCCCAAUGAAUGCGUGGGUCGUGUGGCUGACCUCAGAACUGGCCGUCGGGAUGCUCGCCCACACUGGCCGAUUCCUCCGCCGCCUCCGCCCGACGACGACCAUGCUCCCGACGACGACGGCCGCUAGCCUGAGCACGCAGCGCGAGGCGCCGCCACCGACGAGCUGGACGGCGAAGGGCAAGGCCUUCCUCAAGGAGUAUGGCACGGUCGGGCUCGUGACGCACACGACGCUCUCGCUCCUCUCGUACUCGCUGCUGUACGUGAGCGUCACGAAGGGCCUCGACGUCGGCGCCUUCCUCGACAGCUGGCGCAACAGCGUCGCCGCGGCGAACGCGACCACGUCGUCCGAUGGCGUGCACACGGCCAGCAACGCGGUCGUGACCUACGCACUCUACAAGAUGCUCGCGCCGAUCCGGUGGCCGCUCACGUUCUUCGUCACGCCGGUCGUCGUCAAGCAGUGGAAGAAGUUUGGCAGCGCGGCCAAGAAGACCGACGAGCGUCCCAAGAGCGACCUCUAGACGUGACGUAUUUCUCAUCAUUGACGAUAGACCACAGCCCAACCAAUCGAAGCGAGUACUUUUUUCUCAAUACACUUUGUCAGUACGUUCUUAGGUACUAGGCUUUGUUAUAAAGCAAUUAGAUUGGUUUGUGUUGACCCUGG